CUAAAAGUUUUACAAUACUAAAGAAAAGAAAAUGUAAGAACACAUCGAUUUUGCUGCCUAAGUUUGUGUGCUACUUAAACUCAAUUUCCAAAGUUUAAACUUUAUAUAUAAGACUGCAUUGCAUGACUUUUCCUCCCCAAAAUUCUUCUACUGUUGUGGGUUCCCUUUUCCUCUCUCUCCUCUUUCCUUUUGCAUAUGUGUUGUUUAUUAUUUUGCUUUUUAGUUGUACUUAUAUGUUAUUUGUGUUUAUUAGUUUUUAUUGAGCUUUGUGAAAUGUGGUUGAUUAUGAUAUUAUUAUUUUGAGCUUUUAGUCUUCAUAAAUACUCAAUUGCUCAUUUUCUUCAACAAUUUUGUGGUAGCGGCCCAUCCCUAUCAUCAGCAGCCCCUUCAUUUAUUGAUGAGAUCACACAAUGUAUGACACAAGACAUUGAGUCUAGGUUCGCUACAACGAUCGAGAACCUACCGGCACAUGUUUUGUUCUUAGGGUCACAGGGUGUGGUUGGGAGUAAGAGCUCGAGAGAGGUGCAAUACUUACAAAUUGAUGAAUUUUACAUUUGAUCAAAUUUGUAUAUGUACAUAUGGAAAUUAUUAACACGUUAAACUAACAUAUUGUAGGUGCCAGAUGCAUCUAGUGGCCAACAAGCUUCAAAAAAAAAGAUGAACAAGAAAUGGAAUCACAGACAUUAACUACACAGGGGAGCUGAUACUUUGAUUUGGUUAUGUUUGCUGAUUGAUAGAAUAGUUGGAAACAUGAAGAAAAUGUGUGGGCCAACUUCAGACAUAAUCACUCAUCUUCCAGACAAUGUAAAAGAAACAAUCUUGAUGUCUUUGCCAUUACAAGAUGCGGUGAGGACUAGUAUUUUGUCAAGGAAAUGGGGGUAUAUGUGGGCCAGACUUCCCCAACUUUUAUUUGAUGAUAAGUUCUGCAGAGAAUUGAUCAGAAAUCAGAAGAAUAAACUUGUGAUGACUAUUUAUCAAGUUCUGCUGCUCCACCGUAGACCAAUACUCAGGUUCACUCUUUCUUUAUCUGGACUUGAAGGCUGUUCUAAGAUCGACCAGUUGGUACUUUUUGUUUCAAACAAUGGUAUCCAGGAAUUCAACCUUCACAUUCGGAUAGUACAUGGCUGCAGGUGGGGUACCAAAGAGGCUUCCAAUUACUCUGAGCCACCUUAAAAUUAUCGAUUUGUAUGCUAUUUGUUUUGGGGAAGUCAAUGAGGUUUCUAUUGUUCUUUGCUUAAUCAGAAGCUCCCCAAAUUUGGAAAAAAUUAUAAUUGAGGUUUGUACCCAUGAAACUACUGCUAUUGAUCAUGUUCUAGAACUUUUAGAAAUUCAAGACUGGUCAGAUGUCUCUUUAAAUCAACUUCGAGAAGUGGAGAUCCGAAAUCUAUCUGGAACAAGGUUUGAAUUGGAGUUUAUUAAGCUUCUAUUAGCCAAAUCCCCUAUGCUGGAAACAAUGCUUAUUGAGCCUGACUUGGAGAAAGUUGCUGACAAAGGAUUGAGGAUUUUGAAAGAGUUGACAAGAUUUUGGCGCUCCUCACCAAAAGCAAAAAUCACAUACAAUGAUCCAGAUGGAAGUCGCAAUGAAAAUGAACCCCUGAAGAUUAAGUUUAGCAAAUGGUUUGUGUUCUUUUUUACUAGCUUUGGUUUGAGUGACACAGAAAGAUGAUCUUUUUGGUAUUCAUUCUCUGCUAAGUAACAACUGCUAAUGAGAUUCACUAUGGGAAAGUGGAACAUCUAGGGAAAAGAAAAAAACAAUGCUCUCCAUUUUGGAAAAAUGAAUCUUCAACAUUUAAACUUAUGAAAUUUGGUUGAUAUUCUUGGUAA